AUGGCGGAUACGCUUCAUAUUCAGGAAGGGUUUAUCUGCCCGGCCUGCAUGACACGGUUUGACGCUGCAGACCGCCUCCGAUUGCACUACCGGCAGGAGCACUCUGCUGGUGAGCACGACCGCCACCACAGCAGUAACAAUCAUAAUGCGGGUCAGAAUAAUCAGAACGGUGAAGCCGGAUUUGGCGGGAAUGGCGGAUUUGGCGGGAAUGCGAGCGGAUCCCUCCGCAGCACACUCGUCCUGCCAGACCAGCCUGCCACUCCACCCGUCAACGGAGGAGCAGGCAUCCAGCUGAACACAGAUAGUAGCAAUGGUGGUGGUGGUGGUGAUCCGCCAGCGCUGAGCCACGUCGAGAUUCAGGGCUACAAUCCAACCGGCAGCCCCGACGCGCUCCUCGCAUACGUCCUCGCUGCGAUCGCAGACGGGCUGAGCUGCGGGCAGCGGACGCCACUCAUCCUUGCACAGUCUCCGUCUGCGCGCCAGGGCGAUCCCGUCGCUGCUGCUGUCUCUGCUGCCGCUGCUGCUGCUGCUGGCGGCGUCGGUCUCAGUCGCGCAGGAGCGGCACAACCUCAGCCAAAGGCGCUGCACAAGCUGCUCGCACACAUCCCGCCGAGCAUUCUACCAGCGGGCAUUCAUAUGCCACACAUCCAUGUGACGCCAUUCCUACCAAGCACUGCGACGACGGCGGCGGGUGCGGCGGGUACAGCGUCGUCGUUGUCGGCUUCGACACCAUCAAUAGGUAGCGGUGCCAACACAGACAAUACGCCCGCUUCCUCUUCCGACCAAGUUCGACAGGAGACGCUGCGAUACUGUAUGCAUGCUCAUCUACGAGAGGUGUUUGGCUUGACCGAGAAGACUUUUGCUCGAGCUUUGGAAACACUGGUGCUGGAACGCAAAUUGGAAGUCACCGUCCACGGAGCCAAAAACCUGCUCCCAAAAGAUCGCGACACUUGCAAUCCGUUUGCAACGGUGCAAGUCGGUGCCGACGUUCAGCAAACCGCGUCUGUGCCGCACUCGUGCAAUCCGACGUUUACAAACUCGACGUUCACGUUCGAGAUUUGUCAGAUGGGUCGACGUGCCAUCGUCUCGGCCGAGACACUUGCUGAAGCGUCUGCGGGCUCGAGCCUGUCGGGUGCGUCACCGUUGCCAGAGGUACUCGUCCAGCUCUGGACGCGAACCCCCAGAGAGAUCAAGUUUCUCGGACAAACGACGCUUGCCACGGAUCGAGACUUGAUUGGCGACGGUUGCUUUGUCGAACGAACUGCGACGCUCGAAAAACGAACCGCUCGAUCCCACGUCUCUGGCACCGUCCAUGUGUCUGCCGAGUUUCUCGUUACUCCGCGCACGGACAGCUGGAGCGAGCUCUUGGCUGCUGGAGGUGUGAGCAGUGGUGCGAAAACAACCGCCGCUCCAGCCUCCUCGGCCGCUGCUCCCACGCGUGCCAUCCGAAUGAGCCAGUCGUCCAAAUCCUGCGUGCGGCGAUUCACGAGCAAAGCCAUGCUGAGCAUGUACGCUCAAUUUCUGGACGCCGUGGUGCGCUACGAAGUGACGCAAAAGUCGGCCUUCAACGCCAACGCGUCCACGUCCACGCUGGCCACGUGCAUGACAGAGCCCAGCGUUUUUGCGCUCGGUGGUGCUUUGGAGGUGUACAGUCGCUUUUGGCGCGGAUCGGCGUUGGUCGCUCUCGAUUACGCGUCCGCUCCGGCCACGUCGAAAGGCGCGCUCGAUGCUCAUGGUUUUCCGCGCUACCUCGUCUCCUGUUUGCUCUUGGAGCGCUUUUGCAAUGUGCAUGGCAUCUCCCCGCUCGAUGCCCAGGCAGUGCUGCUGGAUCGCGUGGCUCGUCACUUUGCCGCCACCAGCGCAGUCGACUUUGGCUUUUUGCGCUUGGGCUUGGCCAACCUGUUUAUUCAUCUGGAUGGCAUGACUGAUCAGCAGCAGGUACUGCGGGGUGCUUCCUCCACACCCAAUUUGUCGUCGGUCGUGCCGCUUGAUCUUCCAGACGUCGUUGUCGACCCGGACAGACCGUCUGCUUCCUCUCCCACCCAUCUCGCGCCUGACGCUGGCGCGAGUGCAAAGAAGGGCACUCCUUCGUCUAGCAGCAAGGGUCUCUUGUCUGCGUUCAAGUUUAGCAAGUCUACCAGCCACAUGCACGAUGUUGGACUGGAUGACCCAGACACCUCGUCAUUGGAACCGCUUCCAUCGCCUGGAGCAAAAAACACUUCUCAUGUUGAGGAAGCGGCCUCCUCUCCUCGGAGCUUGUCGCUUGCGCCGUCGGCGCUUGGACUCUCGCCAUCGUCCAGCCGCUCCAGCUCUGUCGCAAACAAUCCCCAUCUGCCCCUGGCAAUCCGCCACGAUUCUGGCGCCUUCAUGCAGCCGUUUGAGCUUUCGUCGUCUGGACGCGUUUGGCUGCAUUCUGCAUUGAGCUUACUUGGGCAGCUGCUGGAAAAUUGCCUCAACCACUACACCCUCAUGUUCCCGGAUGCCGCUGCCAUGCAUGCUUUGCGCGAUGCGCUCGAAGCGUUUGUCACUUCGAACCAGCUCUUGCUCCGGCUUGGAAAGCUGCCAGCGCAGGAUGGGUUUUCGCCCAUUCUUGCUCUCGGCUCGUGCGUGAUGAAAUGCAAGCAACACGCUUGGAACCUCUGGCAAAUGAACGUGUCAAUCAACGCUCCUCCGCGCUCGCCCACCACCCCGAGUUCCCCAGGCGAGCCGCUGCAUCCCCCAACACCCACAGCUCGGUAUGACAUGCUUUCUCGCGCUGCUGCACUUGGAGAGCUUGUCUACAACGAGCUGGACGCUGACGACAAGCUGUACGCGCCUCUCUUCGCCGAGUACAAGGUGCCGCUGCAGCGAAUCGCAUCGGCCUUGCUCUGUGAGCUCCAUGCCGAAACUGUGCACGAGCUUGCAGCGGCCGCCCCGUCUCUUCCUGACGACAUCAGCCAAGCGUCCUUGCUCUACACCACCAUCCAACGGCUGCAGGACUACGUGCGUCGGCACGAAGAGGCUGUUGGUGGCUGGCGGGCAUUCUAUCCCGCCUGGUUCAAGUGGCUCGAUCCACCCGUCAAGCUGUGGCUGCGACAGGCGCGUGCCAAGAUCUCAGAGUGGGUCACGGCCGCCUUGUUGCACGAUCGGCUGCUGCCCAUCACGAACGAUCAGGUUUUGUAUUCGUCCUCGGUCGUGGAUAUUUUCUCGUGCUUGAAUGAGACCAUUUCGGCGCUCUUGUCCCUCGAGUGGCCCGACAAUUUGCUGCAGCACACCAUUUUGCCCGAGAUGGGCACGACUGUGCUCGAAGAAACCCGAAAACUGGCCGUUUGGCUCUGUCAGCCGUUUGCAGCGUCGACCAAAGGGCCAGCCGGUGGCAAGUCCGCUGCUGGUCUGCCGAUGGUGGGUGACACCCCGACUCCAGGAAGCGUCUUGCAGCUCGAGCAUUUGUGUGUGGCGCUCAACGACAUUGCGCAAUCGUUUCAAGAGAUGCAUGGCAUCGCAACGUUGCUUGGUGUGCAUAUUGACGCAUCGUUCUUUCAGCGUGCCAAGGUUCCGCCGGAAUCGCGCAGAGGAAGAAUGUUUACCACGAUUCGCUCCAAGCGGUCUGCCAAUGCUUUUCUCGACGGAUUGCGAGCCAAAGCAGCCGGAAAUGCCUCUACUACGGAUGGCAGCGUGAUUUCCGAAAAUCCAUCGACCAACAACAGCGUUGAACCGAGCGACGACGCUCGCACCUCGAGUGCGAAUCGAGGUGGUGCCAGCUCAAACACCACGCAAGAUCGAACUGCCCUUCUCGAGGAGUCUGCCAGCUCGCUGUCGCAUCUGCAUCUCGAAAAUGUGAUGCGGCGCACGUUGGAAGCGCUGAAUGACGCUCUGGAUGUGCUGUGCGCCAUCAUUGCUUCAACCGUCACUCCAACAUUGAGCGCCUUUGUCAAUUACCUGUGUGGCCGAGGCAAGAAGCCCGUGUUCACCGCCGCCAUUGAAGACUUGCGUCGCGGUGGCGUCGCUGCGGCUGCAGCCGCCGUUGCGGCUUCACAAGCGCAGCUCCAGGCUGCUGCGAAAAUCAACCAGGCCGGUGGCAACGCGAAAGGAGCGAGUAGUGCGAACAGCACGGCAGUCGAAAAGAAACUGGUCGCGUCCUUUGGAUCGCUGAUCAAAUCGCUCGGUCCGACAAGUCCCUCUGCAGCAAAACUCACCGCAGCUGUGGCCUCGCGGCGCGAUCUUCUUCGCAAGGUGCUGCGACUUCGCCUUCUCCCUGCCGGGACUGGCGAUAGCGAUCAGCCGCGCCCAACCGCCCUCUCUGGUCGCAUGCACCCGAACGCCCUGUUUGUUUGGAACAAGCGGAAUGGGCCACGCUGGCGCGAGCGCAGGCGUGCGCAAAUUGCCGCCAGUCACCAAGGCGUGCUCGAUGAGCUGAUUGACUGGUUGGACACGGAGCUGGAGCUGCUGUCCUCGCAUCUGUAUCGCGAUGUGCUGCUGCACUUUGUGCGCGAUACGUGGUAUGCAGUGUUGAACGCCACAGAAGAAGCAAUGGUCACCACAGCCGCCAGUGCCGUGCGCGAUCGGAUGGACUGCACCCAGUUGGCCGCCCUGAGCGCAGCGCUCGCCACCUUGCAUGACUUUUUCUUUGCCGAAGGCGACGGACUGUCGCUGUCCUCCCUGGAUAAGGAAGAGUACCACGCGCUUCAGAAUGCCUUCUUGCUCUCGCAGCAGCCAACAGCCGAUUUGCUCGACGUCUACUACGAGCUGCGCAGCCAGACAUCAUCUCUGGUCCCUCUUGUGAUGAUUUGCGAGCCAGAGUCGCUCCUUCCUUCUCCGCGAAUCUCGGCGCACGCGCGUCGUGUUGCCCCUGCUGAGCUCUCGAACGGGCAUCACAAGAAUGCAGCGUUGUUGUCGGCCGCCAUGGUCACGGAGGACGACCAUGACGACCCUUUCGGCCAUCCCACCGUCACGGACGACGAUGAUGCCGCUGAGGAUGGUCAUCCCGCUGCCGUCCCUGCUGCUGCCACAGCCGUUGUGGUGUCUCGCCUUGACAGCCAGAGCGUCGACCACGCGCACGACACAACCAGUAUUGCCACGAUUGCCUCCAUCGAACUGUCCUUUUUGGACUGGCAAGACUUGCCCCCAGAAGAGCUGUCGGCCUUGCUGCUUCAGCCCGUGGCCUCGGCGCCUCGUGACGAUGGGAAGCCUGUGUUGCUCUCGUCCGUCGUCGCCGAUGCCCCGCCUGAACCGGUGACUGGAACUGGCUUGCGUAUGAGGUCGGAAUCGGUGCUCAACUUUCGUCCAAUCAUCGAAACAGCACUGCAACUGGGUCAGUGCGUGGUGCGGUACUCGACCUUUGUCGAAGCCAAGUCGCGCACUCUGUCCGUCGUCGUUCAUUCCGUCGAAGGUUUGGGUGGCGGCGGCGCGUCGCUCGGAUGUGCUGCGGCUGCCGCACCCGAGUCUGUCCGACCUUCCUCUCCAAGGCCCAGCUCACCAAGACCCAUCUCUCCCAGGCCCUCGUCGCCCGUUCCCCAAUCCGAGCACACCACUGCCGCUUCUGGCGCCUCAUCGACGCAACAACAACAACAGCAGCAGCAAAUUCGUGGCACCAUUGACGCAGUCGUGACGGUGGAACUCAUUCUAAACCAUACUCCGCUGGCGCCAAGGCACAAAACGACCGUCAAAUCGAAGGUCUCGGCGACCAGCUACGAGGAACUGUUUACCUUUACGCUUCCGCCCGGUGCGCUGCUUCUUGGCGAGCUGGCCGACAACGCCGUCAAGCCAAUGUUGCGACUGAGUAUCUGGAACCACCACACAUUCACGGCGAACGAACUCUUGGGAGAGUGCAUGGUGAGUCUCACGCAGCCCAUGCUCGUUCCAGCGCGCUCGCUCGAGCAUGCUGACGGCGUGUUUAUGCAUGAGGUCGACCAAUGCCGAAUGAUCCUCAAGGUCUUGUCGCUCCGAGCCAACGACAAGGAGGCAGAUGAGUUUAUCAAACCACGCGUCCGAAUGCUCGCUUCCGUUGCCGACGCGGCCGUUGGAGCAGAGACACCUGCUGCCGUCCGUGAAAAGCUCGCCGCCUCUGCAGCUGCUGCUGCCGCCAAGGUCGCCCCAAUGGUCGAUAUCGCGGCCGCGCGCAAGCGUCAAGCCCGCCGCUUUAAGCAAAGCCAGCGGCACUUUCACACAGUGCUUCGCAAUCGCUUUGCCUUGUCUGACGUGGCUACCAGCGGUGGCUUCCCGUCGUCCGAGAGUGUCAAGUAGAGACGGUGCAAAUCGUUCCAUUGACUUUUUUGUCAUUUUGUUUUCUUUCAGAUAUUAGUGAUUGUCGUACAAUGCUUCUGGUUUGUGUCAGGUUUUGUAAUUUCGAAAAUAAUAAAUACAUGUACCACA